AUGUGCGAAGACUGCGAAGAUACCACAGGAGGCCACCUCGAAGAUGCGCCCGCGCUUUUCCCUCACCAGGGAAGAUCCCCCUCGGUCGCUCCGCUUGCCUUCGCCACACACGCUCUCGCGGCGCCGCCUACCGUAGGCCACACCCUCCUCUCCUCGCCGCAGACGGCCCGGAGGCGGUGCAGGCGGGCGGCCAUUUUGUGGCGCUGCUCGGUCGCUGGCGCUGGGGCUCAGCGCGGGGAGCGGGGCCUGAGUGGCGAGUUAGUUUCCUUUCUAACCCACUUUUUUCCCGUACAGGCCCCUCGGUAAGAACUUAGCACUUCCCUGGCGGCGCCUCCGGCUCGCCGGGGAAUAAUAAUAGGUGGGGAAAGCCGGGCUUGUCCGGCUCGGCUGCGAGGGGGAGCGUGUUCCCCUCCCACCUCAGCUUGCACAAAGGGCGGGAGGGCGGGAACGAGGCCUGAAGGGAGCGGGGGGUGAGGGCCGCGCUCCGGAGCCUCGUUGGCUCCUCAAGGCCUUGGCCUGUAACUCUCGCGUGGGGUCUGUAGGUUGGACAGGCAUUUAGCCUCGCUAAGGCAUUUUGGGCCUGGUGCGCAGGGUUGCUUGGCUGCGCCUGAGCGACGGUGCUGGUUCGGGGUAGUGGAAGAGCCGCCUAUGCGCCCCGUGGGUUUGUGACCCCCGUUUCUUUUGGGGGUAGGUGAGUAUCGGCGGCUCCCUUCAUAAGUGGCCUGACUAAGCCGGGCUUCCCUGGGAGCAUCCCCGGGGCCGGGUCUUAGGGCGGUGCAGGCGCUCCCAUUGUAGGGGAUGACGGGGGCGAAUGGAAGCGAACUCGGUAGUGUAAAACAAAAUGGCCUGAGCUGCGGGGAUUUUUUUCCCCUUAUUUUUUUUGCAUCGACCAAAAGCUGCCGCAGUACGCCGGAUUCUCUGGCGUCCAAGUCAAAUAAAGACUCGUCCUUGUGCAGAUUCGAAGUGGUACUGGACUCAGUGUGAACAACGCCGUGAUGAAUUUUCGAUAGCUUUCGAUUGAGAUCUAGCGUCCUGUUUUCACGGUUUUGUUUUGGUGGGGUGGUCUCCAGGUACACACACCGCUGGUUGUUAUUUUGGUUAACUGCGCUCUGUGAAAUUUCUGGGCCCUUCGUGGUUAACAAAAAUUUAAAUUCGCGGCAUGAAAUGAUACCUUACAUGUGAAACCCGGUGUCGCUGUUUUAAGUUGGCUAAAAAGGUUUUAAGAAACAUUUGGUUCUGGAGGAUGACUUCAGAGUUUAUGGUUGUUCUUUAGGACUCCUGGGGUGGAUCUGUUUCAUAUCUUCACUGACAUGGGCGUGCUCAUCAGGUUAUAUAACAAAUUCAUAUGUUAUAGAGCGAUAAGGAUAUCAUUUGUAUACAAAAUUAAUUUAUCGUUCCGAAAUUUGACUUCAUGAAAGAGAGCUUCAUUGUUUGCUGUAUUUUCCUAGUUUCUUUAUUUCCUCUGAGGGACAUAAAUGGAAGGAUAUUUGCUUUUUAAACAAUAGGGCUGCUGUAAGUAGGUAAAGUAAUUGAUGAUUAUUAGCCAAAGAUAAAGGAAGGUGAUAGGAAUUAAAUUUGCCAAUUGACAAUAGAACAGCUAAACUUACAUAUAGGUACAAACUGUUAAGAUGCUAUAAAAAGGCUUUUCAUUUUUAAAAAAGUAUUUGUUCUUAUGUAUUUUGAUUAUUAGGAAAUACUGGCUUUAGUUUUGUGUUGACUUUGAGUCUUCAGUUGUGAAUCCCUUUAUUCCAGCACACUUUCCCUUCCCCUUCCCCAGCUACUGACAAGCAUAGUAAUCAUACAUUUUUAAUACUGUUUGUUUGAAACAAAGCUCCAAGAAAAUGCUUGGUGUUGGAAAGCUACUUUGUACUUAGGAAUGUUCUGCUUACCUCAUGAGUAAAAAAGAAGCUUAUCAUAGGUUCUAUAGGAUUUUGGUGUAUAUUUCGGAACUCAGGGGCAACAUACAAAGAGUAUUCAUUGGGCACGAAGGAGUCAUUAAGACCAGGGAUAAAUUAAUAUGACAGAAUAUCUCAGCAUAUCUGGUAGUAUGCUUUUUUUGAAAAGGUUUUUGAUUUCUGAACAUGCUUGCUUGGAAUUAUGCAUGCGGCAUAAACCACAGAAAAUAGUUAUGGGAAAAACUGAGCAUGAUGGCAGACCCUUUUGUUGAAUAGAAAUAUGCACUGGGAACUGGUUGGAGAAAAAUAUGUUAGCAUUUAUAUUUUGCAGUGAAAUGACCAUGUGGAACAUUAUUAAGCUAUUUAGAAAUGAAAAAUGGCGAUCUCUCGAAUUGUACAAAAAAUUGUCACCAGGAUAAUUGAAAGAUUUCAGAUGCUGAAGUUUGGCUUGUGCUGAAUAAUUCUCACAUGAAUUAACAUAUGUCCUAAUCUUGAAUUGUAAAUAGUUUAUAAGGUCAGGUAGUGAAUGAGUUCUUGGGUUUUGCUGUUCAGACAGGUGUUUUACUUCAGAUUUUAUGCGGGAAUUCACACUGUUUAAGUUUUGUGGUGCUGAUAUUGAUUUGUUCCUUGAAAGUCUUUGUUUCCAUUAAUUGUUAUUUCCUGUGGUCAGCAAAUAUACGGUUUUCUUUAAAUAAGGCAUAAUUACAGAUAUCACCUGUUCAUAGAACUGCCUGUCAAGCCAUUCAUGAGAUGUGUGGAAUUCAGUAUUCGUUUUUGUUUCCUUUCUUUAAAUGGAAAAUAUUUUCAGGAUCUGCAGAUCAGGAUUUCCAGAUUACAUUAGGGUUGUGUGUGUUUAAGUACUAGUGUAUAUAAACUUGCUGAACGUUGGACACAAUGAUUGUGAAAUACUGUUUGGUCCUGUGCUUUGAGAAGAAGAUUGUCCUGUUUGCAAUUUAUGUUGGAUUGUAUUUUGAUUCUGCAGCUCUAAAAUAAGCAAGGUUAAAGAAAUAGGAAGAAGCGUAUUGUAAGGUAUUUGCAGUCUGAUUUGGCUUCAGCAAAUGUGAAAUGACUUUGAAAGGAUGUUGUGUUUUGGUUUAUUUAAAGUACUUCUUAAUUGGGUGAGAAGUUGUAGCAUUAGAAAACUAUUCUAGUUUUCUUGAUCAGGAAAAAUAAACUAGCCCUCUUUAUGAAAUGAGACAAAUCAGCUAUCCGAAGAGAGAAUGCAAAGUUAAUUUCUUUAAUGAAUGUGUUCUGGCUUUUUGUUUGUAUUCAUUCUCAUGUUGAAUAUUUUUUGUUUUAAAAUAAAAGUAAUUGUUGCUAUCAAAAUGUGUGAAGCUGUGGAAAAGACCAAGGAAUGUAUAUUUCAUGCACUCUCAAACUUGUGGUUCCCAUGUAUUGGAGUGCCUUAUGAUGGACAUUGUCCCAGACUGUCAUAAUACACAGCACAUUGUGGACUGCUAACUUUUAGUUAUGUGUUGCUUGCAUUGAUUUUUGCCUCCAUUUAUUCUUUAUUUCAGUCUAAAAGUUGGUUUUAAUUGGUUGCCCACAGGAUUGCCUUGGCUUCUACUACUUGUUAAGGAAAAAAAACACACCUCUCUUGGCAGGUAAGAUACUGAAGAUGUAUUUAUGCUUACUGAACACGCUUGGAUAAUUCAAAGUACUCAGGAAGAUAGAGCCAGUACAUGAGUUACUUUAAAAAGUUUAAAUCACCAAAAAUAUAUGGAGGUUCCCCCCCCCCUUGUUGGCCUCAAGUUGUGAUUUUUUUGGUAAAACUUUCUGUGGGUAGAAUUCUUUAAGAUUGAGGUCUUUUUAGGGUUAUGUGGUUUUUAAAACACCAUUAACUCUUCUGUAUAGCAAGUUUUGGUUAGUUAUCCAAAUUGUCUAGUCAUGUAGGUUUAAAAACAAACAAAACCCAGGUGAGUUCUACUCUCCUAGCUGAAGCUUGGCAGCUAAGUCUUUAAUUUGCAUUUGGUGUUUGAAUACAUUUUUAUUAUAAUUGUAGCUCUUUGGUGUUUAGUCUGAAAUAAUUAAUACAUUUUGUGAUGCACAUCAGUGUUAGCUAUAUAUUUGCAAAGUCAGAUUUUUAUAUAUCCGUGCCCCCCAAAAUACAUUCUUUACAUAUACCAUGAUGGUUAUAUCUACAGCCUGUUGUUUUCUGGAGAACUGUACUAUUUUGCUGCUCAGUCUUCUAUGUAACAUUUAUGAACUGUUGUUAAAUGGCUGUGCAACCAUUUGUGUCUUGUAUUUUUUAAUAAGUAUCUCCAGAUGAAUGAAUUAUUUAAAAUGGAAGGCCAUGUUAGGCAGCUUUAUGACAUUAUGGAAGAAAUGCAUUCUUUGAGAUAAUGGCCCAAAGAUUAAUAAUUUAGUUUCAAAUAUUUUUAUCCUUCUCUCUAUCUAAAAUAUAAUCAAAGCAGCUAUUAAAUCUAAUACAUCAGUAACUACAGUUUGGUAUAAAAUAAACAGCACAGCAUAGCUUUUUGGUAAGUAUAAAAGACAAAAGCUUUGUGAACUACCCACAUGAAAACAAAUAAUGAUGGAGCCAAGUAGACAUCUCUCAAAAUGACGUUCCAAAAUAUUUGCACAUUGUCAGAAAAGGCCCUGUUCCUAUGGUCUACCAGUGACAUUUCUGGUGAUGAAGUAUGGAACAAGACUUUGGUGUCUCAAUAUUUCAGCAGGUUCCUAAGACAGACUUAAUUGUUUUGAUUAAUAGAAUGUAUAUAUCUGGACUGGUUUAUCUCAAAACUCCUUAUGGUUGCAGAGAAAGAUUUGGCUGUAAACAAUACUAUUGCUUACUUGUGAUGAUUGAAAGCAUGUCCCUGUUUUUGUGUAAGAUCAGAAUUUUGGUGCACAUAGUGCAAGUGAAAUACGUAUGUAGGUCAGAUUAGGAGGCUUCUACUUUUUUCAGACCAAGGACCAGUCUAAAGUGCAGACAUGUGUUUGGGCAUUUAUACUUAAUUUUCAUCAUACAGGCUUUGUCCUAUUUGCGCAUUCCUGGUGCCUGCACACAUCGGAGCGUACAUAAGCCUACUCUUUUACGCCCCCAACUUGCAUUCAGACCACUUCCACAGACCACAUUUGUUUGGCAGUAGUUCUGCUGUUGCAGUCUGCUUUAGAUCCUGGAGCACCAGUUGAAUAACUGUGGUAAUAAGGUAUGCAACAAGGUAUCUUCAGACAAUACACCUUGAUUUAUGGACUUAAUCCAGAAGUCCGUUCUUAAACCAAAGUGUUCUUAAACCAAGGCGUGCUUUCCCAUAGCAGCGGGGGCCUCAAUUUACAAAUGGAACACACUCAACAGGAAGCAGAACAUGUUCUGCUUCCAAGGCAAAGUUCACAAACCAAAACACCUACUUCUGGGUAUGCAGCAUUCUUGAUCCAAGUUCAUAAACUAAGCUGUUCUUAAACCAAGGUACCACUGUAUAUUUGUGGUGGGUCUUGAACAUGCAAAAUUGAAUGUUCUUCAAAAACCAGUUGAAGAUAUUAAUAGAACUUGAGCCUCUGUGCAAAGAUUCCAGUCAUAGACACCCUCAAUAUUAUAUAACAUGGUUUACAGCUUAUUCGAUCUUUUAACAAAAAUGUUUUAGCCUUUUUAUGAUGUGCUGAGGUCUGUAUUCUACUGAAUAGGCCUAUUCACUCUUUUGAUUUUGCUGCUUAGGUUAUGAUUAUAACACUUCUGCAGAAUAAAUGUUUUGUAGAUGUUGCUGUCCAAAUAAUAAUAAUAAUAGUUUAUACCCCACCCAUCUGGCUGGGUUUCCCCAGCCAUUCUGGGUGGCUUCCAACUGAAUAUUAAAAACAAUACAGCAUCUUCCACUAAUAUGUUGUACUAGUUUUGAAUGCUUGCUUUAACUUGUACUAAAUUGUUUGCUUGCAUUUGAAUAAUCUACAUUUUCUUAUGCUUUUAAAUUAGGGAUUAAUAAACUUUUAAAAAGCCUUUUCCUAUUUCUCAUUUGCAAAUCUAUUGCAUAGUAAUUUGUAUCUGUGACUGUCAUAACAUCUUAAAGGUGACACUGCAGAUUUCAAACCUGCUUUAUUUUAAAAGAAAACUCUUUAAUUAAGAGUACUUACUACAGUAAAUAUAAGCAACAUUGUAAAACUGGACAAAAUAUAUUACAACACAAAACCACUGUUAUCAGCCUGAAGGGAAGGGUUUAAAUAAAACAAUAACUAUUAUAAUUAUAAUUAUUUCUACCAGGAACUAAAUGAACUUCAGAAAGACUGUGACACCACAUUUUCACCAAAUAUGAUGUACAGUAUCCAGUACAUUAAUAGCCCUUCCAGCACUUAGACAUUAGGAUGAAUGUGAAGUACUCUCUGUAUCUUCAUGAGAUUUAGCAUUAUUAGUGGAUGAUUUUGAACGUUGCCUCUUUGAUCUAGCAUAGAUAUAUUGAAAAAAAGUUUAAAUGAAAUUUGCUUCCAGUAUUCUGGUGGCAUAAGCUGGUUUCCUGAUUUGUUUAGUAAUGGGAAAAUGUGAUUGUAAAUCCCAGGCAACAUGGGACCGUUGGAGCAUUUAUUUUUCAUACUUCUGGCUACUGGCUACUUGGUUGUUUCAGCUAAAGUUCAUUUUAUAGUUCUCUCUGCAACCAUAAGGAAAAAAUGAAGGUUCUUCUGAUGAGCGUAAACUAAAUCAAAGCCAAUUUACUGAAAAUUUUAUGAUUCUUCAAAAGCAAUUAUGUAAGCUUUUAUCCCUUCAUGUUAGCAAGCUGAUUAAUGGUUUUAAAAGCAUUUUCUUUUAACAAAAAAAGGGUUGUUUUUUUAAAAAAAAGAAAUCAUGAACAUUUUAAAUACUAUUUCCUUUAUCACAUUAUUUUUCCUAGAGAUGCCAGUCCUUUUUUAAUUUAGGAAGGCUUUUAACAGUACUAUGUAGCUAUUUCAGAGUGGCAUUAUCUGGAACAGCAACAUAAUCAAAUGCAGGGUGCAGGAGAGGUGUAUUACUGGUUCCUAUCUGACUUCUAAAAUACAUCUUGCAGUGCCUGGUAAUUCUAGAGUUUUCCAUCCAAACACCAAACCAAGUAUUGGCUUGCUUGUAUAAAAGAAUUAAUGGCUUUGUGAAAGCUGCAGAGUAGGAGGAGAUUCUUUUAAAAAAAAAAAACAAAAGUGAGGAGCAAGGAAUAGGCUGGAGAGAUUUCAUGUCUCUAGAUACCAAGCAAUGUAAUGUAUAGGAAUUUUGAAGUAGUUAUGCAUUCCUCUGUGGGACUGAAGUAUAAGAUUGUGACAUAAGAUAAGUGUUUUAAAAAUAAAAAGUUCGUUGGUGCACAGGAGCCUAAAAUAUUCCAGCCUUGCGCUAAAUGAGCUUAAUGCAGGAAGUUUGCUUUUGGAUUGUCAUAUCUGAAGCUGGUGUUCUCCAGAAGGAUUUGUCUUGGUUCCAGUUUUUGACUGUGUUCUUGUCAACAGCCUUUAACAUUCCAUAUUGCAAUUUACUGGAAAGCUUUGAUGCAAUUGUGCUUUAAAAGUACCUUGUAGAGAAAGCUGCAUGAAUAGAGAUCACAAAUUGUAAAUUGAUUUAAGAUCUGCAGGAGCUUUUAAACAUAAGUAUCUAGGUUAAGCAUAUGGUGUCUUAAAUAGUCUGACCUAGCCGUUGCCUUUUCUCAUCUGCAGGUGUGUGUGUUUCAGCGCAGCAUGGCUGUGGUCAUCCGCUUACAAGGUCUCCCAAUUGUGGCGGGGACUAUGGACAUUCGCCACUUCUUCUCUGGAUUGACCAUUCCUGAUGGGGGCGUGCAUAUUGUAGGGGGUGAGCUGGGUGAGGCUUUCAUCGUCUUUGCCACUGAUGAAGAUGCAAGGCUGGGUAUGAUGCGCACAGGUGGUACCAUUAAAGGGUCCAAAGUAACACUGUUGCUGAGCAGUAAAACUGAAAUGCAGAAUAUGAUUGAACUCAGUCGCAGGCGCUUUGAAACAGCAAAUCUAGAUAUGCCACCAGCAAAUGCUAGCAGGUCUGGGCCUCCACCUAGUUCUGGAAUAAGUAGCAGGGUGACUCUUCCUACGACAGUACCUAACUUUAACAGUCCCUCUCCUAGUGUAGUUACUGCAGCUACUUCAGUUCAUGAAAGCAACAAAAACAUACCAACAUUCUCCACUGCCAGUAUGGGAACUGCUCCUCCUAAUAUUGGUGCUACUUUUGGAAGUCCCACCUUUAGUUCCACCAUACCUAGUACAGCAUCCUCAAUGAACACAGUACCACCUCCACCAAUACCUCCAAUUCCAGCUCUGCCAUCAUUGCCCCCAAUGCCUUCCAUUCCUCCCAUCCCUGUCCCACCUCCAGUACCUACACUGCCUCCUGUUCCCCCAGUUCCCCCAAUACCUCCUGUACCUCCUGUGCCACCUAUGACCCCUCUGCCUCCUUUAUCAGGAAUGCCUCCAAUGAAUCCCCCACCUGUAGCACCUUUGCCUACAGGAAUGAAUGGAUCUGGAACAGCCAUGAAUCUGAGCACUAACUUGAAUCCAAUGUUUAUGAGUCCCAUAAAUCCUAUUCAGAUCAAUUCUCAAAGUGGUGUGAAAUCACUUCCUAUCAAUCCAGAUGAUCUGUAUGUCAGUGUGCAUGGAAUGCCAUUCUCAGCAACAGAAUCUGACGUGAAAGACUUUUUUCAUGGACUUCGUGUGGAUGCAGUGCAUAUACUGAAAGAUCAUGUAGGACGAAAUAAUGGAAAUGGAUUAGUUAAGUUUUGUUCUCCUCAAGAUACAUUUGAAGCCUUGAAGCGAAACAGGAUGCUGAUGAUUCAGCGCUAUGUCGAAGUUGGUCCUGCAACAGAGAGACAGUGGGUGUCUGCAGGAGGCCAUAUAACAUUCAAGCAAACCAUGGGUCCUUCUGGACAAAAUCACCCUUCUCCUCAGUCUCUCUCUAUGUCUAAAUCACCUAAUGGUCAGAAAAGAUCCAGAUCCAGAUCACCACAUGACCAGGGCUUCUGUGUUUAUUUAAAAGGACUUCCUUUUGAAUCUGAGAACAAGCAUGUAAUAGAUUUCUUUAAAAAGCUGGAUAUUGUGGAAGACAGUAUUUACAUAGCUUAUGGACCCAAUGGGAAAGCACUUGGUGAAGGUUUUGUUGAGUUCAGAAAUGAAACUGACUACAAAGCAGCUUUAUGUCAUCAUAAGCAGUACAUUGGAAAUCGUUUCAUUCAAGUACAUCCCAUAACAAAAAAAGCUAUGUUAGAAAAGAUAGAAAUGAUUCGGAAAAGACUGCAGAACUUCAACUAUGAUCAGCGUGAGAUCAUUAUGAAUACUGAAGGGGAGACUGGCCCUUCUAAACUCUGUGCACAUAUAUCCAAUAUCCCCUACAACAUUACUAAAAUGGAAAUCCUUCAGUUUCUAGAGGGACUGGCAGUGGAAGAGAACUCUAUACAAAUUCUUGUUGAUACUAAUGGGCAAGGUUUAGGACAAGCACUGGUCCAAUUCAAAGCUGAAGAAGAUGCUCGUAAAUCAGAGCGCCUGCAUCGAAAGAAACUAAAUGGGAGAGAUGUUGUGCUAAGAGUGAUUUCCCUUGAAGAAAUGAGAGAAAUUGAGAGAAAUCCUCCCUCCCAGGGGAAAAAAAUGUUGAAAAUGCCAUUGCAAGGGAGUGCACUAAUGCCAGGAGUGCAGAAUGCUGGUGGGGAUAAACAUUCUUUCAUAGGUAAUAGCCCCAAAGAUGCAAACAGUGGUCCUCCUUUUCAUUUUCCCAGCAAUUUCAGUGGGUCUAAUGCAUUUGGCCCCCCUCUUCCACCUCCAGGAAUAGGAGGUGGCUUUGGUGAUUCAAGGCCAGGGAUGCCUUCUAUUGGAAAUAGUGGCCUGCCUGGUCUGCCUGGUUCAGGAAUUGAUGUUCCGGGUUUUGGAGGUGGGCCUAGCAAUUUAACUGGGCCAUCAGGUUUCACAGGAGGUCCUCAGAACUUUGGAAAUGGGCCUGGUAAUUUAACUGUUCCUCCUAACUUUGGUAGUGGACCUCCAGGUCUUGGUGGUGCGCUUGGACAUUUAAGUGGACCUCCAGGGUUUGGACCUGGACCUGGAAACUUGCAUAUUGCUGGGCCACCUGGGUUUGGAGCUGGCUCUGGAAAGCCAGGGCCAACUGUCAUUAAAGUUCAGAAUAUGCCCUUUACUGUAUCAGUGGAUGAAAUUUUGGAUUUCUUCUAUGGUUACCAAGUAAUCCCAGGUUCAGUGUGCUUAAAAUACAAUGAAAAGGGCAUGCCAACAGGUGAAGCAAUGGUUGCAUUUGAAUCUCGUGAUGAAGCAAUGGCAGCUGUUGUUGAUCUGAAUGACAGGCCAAUAGGCUCAAGAAAAGUCAAACUUGUUCUAGGGUAGCUGGUAUUAUAAAAUGUUUGUAGAAUAGAUAUUAGUGCUGUGAUUUAUGCAUUCAGACUGUUUUAUAGUAGCUCCAGGUUAGAACCUAUAAAUUGUUUAAACUUUCCAUUUGUUUUGAUUUGACUGGUUUAAUUGUUUACAGAGCAAUCACUGCAAGAGGAAAUGUGCAGUUGUUCUACCAGUACAGAUACAUAAAGAAGGAUUCUCAUCAGUAGAAAAAGUUUGCUAAUGCUAAAUUAACCAUGCAAUGUUUAUCAAGGAGUCUAGAUUGUGUUUUUGUUUUUGUUUUUUGAAAUCUUGGAUGAGGAAAACUGUCUUGAUGAAGUUAGUGAUCUCUUAGUGGGUGCUGUUGCAAGCUAUUGUAAAAUAGGAAGUAGCUCUUUCUAGAGUUGGUUAAAAGCUGGCUGAAUUUCUUUGUUUACACAGGUCAAAGUUUUUUUGUUUUUUGGGGGUUAUUUUGCUUAAAAGUCCCGAGUUUAACAUUGCAACUGAAUAAAGUCUAAGUAUACACAGAUUGUUUAUGUACCUUAUUUUUUCAAAGAUUCUUGGUGUAUGGACAGUGAAAUUAUGUACAUUGAGAAACAUAUAGGCAGUUUUCCUAUACAUAAACAGAACAAUCUGUAAAAUUCCAGCUUUUGUGGAAUAAUUUUAGUUCAUAUUUCAACUGACUGUAUAGAAUAAGGCUUUUGCCACAAGUGCAGAUACCUUCAUUUAUUACUCUGCAUCUUUACUGUAUGCUUAAUAUUGAAUACAUGGAGGUGCCAUACCAUGCCACAAUUUGAAAGUAUAACUGUUUGAUUAGAUGGAUUUGUUAGGAUUGUAUGUUACAGUUGGGAUAGGAUCCUCAUCACUUGGUUUUUGUACACUCUGUAUGUUGUGUAUAUUUUUGAACCACACCCUUCUGAAAUCUCUUGGUUUAUUAAGUGAACAUAAGGGACUGAUGCAAAGUGUUAAUGUUAGCAAUCAUUUGUGUUACUAUGAUUCCAUGAAAUCUUGUGAAUUAUUGCUAUGAUCACUUAAGCUAUUAAAGCAUUGAAAUGUCUCCCGUCACAAAUUGAGUUCUUAAAGUCUUUCCAAUAGAUUACAUUGUUCAAAUUCUCUGUAGAAUUGUCACUUUCCUGGUAGAACUCUCUUAUGAAAGAGGGAAGAUGCAAAUCAAAGACUGUCCAUGAUUAGAUUCAACAAGUUGCCUGAAAAAACACUUGCAAAUCAUUGUAUAUUUAAAAAACAUUUUAAGCUAUUCUGAUCCCAGUUAAAGGGAAACAGUGUCCAUUUGAGUUGUGUAUGAUGGAACAUCUGAAGUGCACAGCCUGGCAUAAUGUAGACAUGCAAGCGGCAACCAUUCUAUUCUAGUCAUCCAGUGUGUUAGGUGAAUGAAAAAACAUGCUGAAUUGCUGCAUCAUGAGAGGAUUUUGCAGUACAGUAAUUCAAGGAUUGUGUGAAAGUGUUGCAAUGAAGUGGUGGCUGUAUUACAAAUUUUGUAAUUCAUGGAUUUGAAACUGUUUUGACAGGAACAGAGAUGGUGCAUUCCUGAAAAAUGACAUGAUUGUACUACACUGUUAAAAUUACUAAGCCUCCUGUUAAUAAAACUGUCUUUCUGAAGUUUCUUGCUAUCUAUUUUUAAUUGUCUGGUGUGUUUCAACAGCAGACUUCUUUUAUUGAACGGUCAAUAAAAAUAUUACAUUUUGAGGAAAUGGCCUGAAUAGGGAAUGAGCAUUUUCUACUUCUAUUUUUAAAGUUUGUUCUCUAAUUGCCAACUAGUUUGCAAUCAUACGGGUAUGACUGCAGGAAUACAAAUCCUGAAAAGUAAAAUCAUGAGGUUGAACUGAAAGGUUCUGUUUCAUGAAUGAAAUGACUUCUUUCAAUCACUGAUGAGUAUUUCCAUGGAUGGGCAUCCCUUUAAUGAGUGGAAUGGAACCUUUGGAUUUAGCCCAAUGUUUUAUUUCAAGAAUUGGUUGAAUUUUGAAAGCAGUAUGUAGAUGAAUUGGUAACCAUACUUAAAUAUUGAAAAAUCCUAGCAUUGCUUUUGUUGAUGUUAACUUCAAUUAAACUGGUGGUUUUUAGUCCUCUGUCACUUAAUGGUUUUGACCGCUUCGUUUCACUUUGAAGUGGGAUUGUUAGGAUACUUCUGCAAAUAUUCUAGAAAAUACAGCAGGGUACUAGGAAACUCUUGUAGACGUGUUUCUUCAGAUUGUUAUGCAGAUGGUGUCUGAAAUCCCAUCUGAUUCAUAUCCUGUAUACUGAUUAAAAAUUUAAAAAUAGUGCACUAGUAAAUCUUUAAAAUGAGAGGAUAUAUUUGUCUGAAGUUUUUAAAAUUGCAGCUGAUCUUGCAAAAGCUAUACUCAAAGCUUAAUAUUUAUAUUUGGUGUUUAUAUACUGUCCAAUUAAUCAUGUCCUCUGGUCAGUGGCUAUAUUGACACUUUAACACCUCAGUAUACACAUCAGAUAUUGGAAAAUUCAAGUGAUGUUAUUGUAGGGGUUUUCUUAGUGGUGUACAAGCUGAAAUUAAUUUGGGAGCUUGUGUUAAAGUUUUGACGAGAAGACAAUGUUUUCCUGGAAAAUUCUGCAAGAUGGAUUGGAUCCUAGAAACCACUUACAGAAUGUGCUGUCUCACCCACUCCAGGAUUAGAGGAUCUUUAUGUAUAUGGAGGAGGGAGUUACAAGACACCAUAGGACCCACCUUGCAUUAACAGACAUUUAUUCUUCCCAUACUGGAGUCCCUUUUUAUUCCAACUCAAUGAGUAGAACAAACAGCUAAAUUUUGCUUAUUUUAUCUAAGAAAACUUUUACAGUGCAAUCUUAUGCCUAUUUACUCAGAAGUCAGUCCCAUUGAGUUCAGUGGGACUUAUUCUUAGGUAAUUAUGUAUAAGAUUAUAUUUGCAGUAUGAUUUCCAGUGUACAACAGAUUGUCAUCCUCAUUGGAGUAGCUAAAUAAUAUUUGUUUAGAGAUGAAAGGCCAGAGAAAUACAAGCAAUAUGUCUUUCAGAUUCCAGUUAGAUUUGUCUUUAAUAUUGGAGGUCCCAGUGGCAUCUGUUAAAUGAAACACCAGUUUCACCUAGUGUGCCUGCUGCAGUGCCUCCUGGGCAUAAUUCGCCUUUCUACAGUUAUCUUUGCUGUUGACAUCCAUACUGCAUAGUGUUGUAUGUAGGAUGUCCAAACUUCACUUGAAAUAGCUGCUUGGAACUUAUCCUGCCAGUAUAUAUUAUGUUUUAAUAUUAAUUCGGUUGGUUGGAUCCUGAGAGAAAAUGAGUGGAACUCUGCUCGCACAAUGGGGUUUUCUUGGCUCAUCUUCCACACAUCAAUCCUCUGUGCCCCCUGAAAAGCUGUUCCUGAAGGUCAAGGGUCCUUUUGAACACUGUUUGAUGGGGCAUGUGACUACAGAAGAAAAUGGGUACAGAUUGAGAGGCUGCCUUGUACAAAUGGAAGUGCCUUUCUGCUUUUAGGAAAUAUCUUUGGAUCCAAGCCAUUGAGUACAAGUAAAGUACUAGUCUUGAUUGAAAGUUCAGAAUUGGGGCUUCUGAAGGGCGUCUGAUUCUGUGCAAAUAUCUAAAUUCCUUGAGAUCUUUAGAGACCCUACUGUGGGUGCCCCUGCUUUUGGAGAUUCAGUGGAUGACUAAUGGGGAUAGGGUGCUGUGAGUGGUGAUGUCCAAUUGAUGGAAUAAAUUGAUAGAACCACUUAGCUAGCCCCUAACUUUGCUAGCCUUUAGCUCACAUUGGGGAGCAUUAGAUGGAUUUAAUUAUAUUUUUUGCUCUGCUAACGUUAUUUAAGGAGCAAUAUUGUAGAAGGCAUAGUGAAUCUUGUUUCUCAACAUGUAGCUGAUGUUCUCUAAGAGUAUGAAAUUAAUAUACAUCUAUAUGAACCAAUGGCUUCAAGUUACAAGAAAGGAGAUUCCAACUAAACAUCAGGAAAAACCGCACAGUAAGAGCUGUUCGACGGUGGAACGGUCUCCCUCGGGAGGUUGUGGACCCUCCUUCCUUGGAGGUUUUUAAGCAAAGGUUGAGUGGCCAUCUGCUAGGGAUGCUUUAACUGAGAUUCCUGCAUUGCAGGAGGUUGGACUAGAUGACCCUUGGGGUACCUUCCAACUGUACAAUUCUAUGAUUCUAUAACCCAGUUUUCUAGAUUUUGAUUAGAAUUUUAUAAACUGCCUUUCUGCUUUAGAGUGUUUGAAGCAGUGUUCAGGAAAAACACCUAAUAGUACACUGCCAGAGUAUACGGCACUUUAUUAAAUCAAUACCACACAGUUAUUCACCAUGAGGAGGCUACUUACUAAAUUCUAACUACGAGAAAGAAGAAAAACGUAUAGAAGAGAGAUAAAGGUGGAAGGAAUAUUUUUUGUGUUCAGCUGCACACAUUUAGGCAUUUUGUCUUUGGGUGAGAAGCCUUUAUGGAAGAUAGACGUUUUGAGAUGUGAUGCAAUAUUGAUUUAUAAAGAGGAGCAAACAGUAGAGCCAUUUAAGUGAGCUAGUGGCUUUUGGGAAGCAGAGGACACCAAACAUGAUGGUGCCCAUUGUUAUGACACUUUACUGUUAAACAACUAUUUAUAAUGACUUAAAAUAAUUUCUGUUAGAAGACGCUGUUGUGUUAAAACCAAGCACUCCCAAUUUUUUAAAAAAUAUAUCAGAUAUUGUGUUAGAAAAUAAAGCUACCACUUGGUGAUUCAGUUAAGGAAACCUAUGCACAUAAGCAGGUUUCUGUGUAUUUUUUAUUUAACCAGAUUUCUGUUUUAUUUAACAAUUUAUAUCAUGUUUAAUUGUAAGCACCUCUAAGAAGUUUACAUAAAAUAUAUAAUAUUACAACAAAGAAUAAAUACUGCCUCAACGAAGAAGUUUUUAGCAGGCACCAAAAAUAGUACAGCAAAGGGACCUGUAUAAUGCCGAAAGGAAUUGCGUUCCAGAGGAGGUGUGGCAUUAACAGCAUUGUAGGCAGUAUUGAGUUCAGUACACUAAAUAGGGGUCAGCAGCUGGAAGUGCUUGUGCCAAAUUCAUUCAGCCAGCAACACAGAGGCAGAAGAGAUGUUGAGGCUGCAAUAUCUGUGGCAUCAGCUUGCUGGCAGGCCACUUUUUAGGGACUGCAUGUGGGAUUUUGGCAAAUAAGCAUCCACUCAUUAAAGUGAGAGGAAAACACUGCUGACUUGCAGCAUACAGAAAUUUGUUUUUGAUCUGUUGUUGGUCUGCCGAUGCAUAAGACAUUAGUCCUUACACUGCAUAAGUGAUUGAUUGUAAAGAGCAUAUGGAAGGGACACUGCCAGAUUUCUGAAAUUGUGAUAAUUUCUCGUAGAGAAAAAUGCUUUAUUUUGAUGUUUCUAUUCUACAUAGCAUUAUUACUUGUGCGAGGAACUUGGCUUUGUGUUUGUAUUUUUUUAAAAGCAAAAUUCUGCAUUAAAAGAAGAAAAUUCCUGCAGCCUGUCUAAAUUACACAACUUAAUUUUGCUUGCUUCUGCUUCUCUUUAUUUAUCACCCAUGCACUUAAUCUCUGUCCAUGAUACCUAGAGACUUGGACUUUAUAUUCAAAGUCUUCAUGUAAAUCGUGGUUUUAUGUAUUUAUGCAGACUUGUAUACAGGCAGCUUUAUUUUUUUAUUUGUUGUGUGUGUGGCCAAGGACAUAUGUCUCUCCCAUUAUAUCUUCACAGCUGCCUUUAUGAAGAAUAGUGACUGUCCAAGGAUUUACACAGUGAUCUUCAUGGCUUAGUGGGGGUUUGAAUGUGGGUCUCUCAUAGGUCCAACAAAAUUCUGUUGUAGCUUAGGUGUGUGUGCACAACUGUCCCCUGUUGUAACUAUUAUUUUUGGUGCAAGACUUAAGUUCUAAUUGGUGGCAAUAAAGUUUAUUGCAAAAUGUGCCUGAGCAUAUGAAAAGUGAUAGGUUGCAGGUACUCAAGCUACAAUUGCGGCAAUUUUCGGGCAGCCUUUCUUUUGAUUUCAGGUCCUUUCUGUGGAUUUUGAGAUUUUUAGGUUAGCUAGCUUUGGCCUUUGCAGUACAGUGUUUGGUGAAAUAGUUACUUGCAACAAGUUUAGAAAAUUGUUGUUUUUCCUUUCUUCUGACUUGUACUUCUUUUACUCAGAACAAGUUUAAAUGUAUUCAGCACUUAGAUGGUUUAGCUCACAAGUUUAUUAAUACAUGGGCCUUCCACCAAAAACCGAAUGUGUCAUAUGUGAGAGACAGAUAUUUUUGUGCUAAAAUUGGUUACGAUGGUGCAGCAGAACAUUAGUUUGCAGGUUCAAUAUGAGUGUGCUCUACCUUUUAAACCAGGAUUUGCUGAAUGAUCCUUUCUCUUAAACUUGUUUAGGUGUAGUUAACAGAUAUUUCUCAAAUACAUAUAGAUUAAUUCCAGAGUAGUUGUUCCCAAACUUUUUCCCCCUAUGGGCCACUUGAAAAUUGGUUGGCAGACCACUUAGUUAUUUUUCUUCCUGUUGUAGCAAUUGUCAUGCACUUGCAGAUGCUGUGUGAUUUUUACUUGUAUUUAAUUGUAUUACAACUUGUAUUCCAGAGAAUAAAAUUGUAAUACUAUAUGAGAAAUGAAAAGAUAAAAUUCAAAUGAAUAUUUAUUGUGGACAUGCUAUGGAUCACCUGGGUGAAGCUCGCAGACCACAGUUCAGAAACCCUUGCUAUAGAACCUUGUUAAAGUUUUCAGAACAGUGAAACUUUGCAUACAAGUAAUGCGAUGCUUAAUUUAAGGUGCAUGCAUGGCCCUUGGGAGAACUAUCCUUUUUUGGUUGGAUUAUUCAGACAUUUUUUUCUUGCAUUCUUUACUGUUAAACUGUAGGUCUAGUGUUGUGUAUUGGAUCUGGUUAUUACUAUGGACAACAUAAUUAGAAUCUAAACUUUGACUAUAGAAUACUAGAAAAUAUGCUCUAUAGAUUGAAAACUUCAGUGUUGUCAGUCAUCCUUUGUCUGUUGGCUCUAUCACUGGAAAAUGGUGGUAUUUUGACACUGGCCUAUCAAGAAUACGGUUGUGAUGCUAAAGAAUCCAGAGAAUAACAUCACAUUUAAUAUACAUCACUUUAAGGUAGGUAAAAUGUCUAGCUACAUGGUUGAUUGGCAGUCAGUGCAUUUAAUUUGCUUGGAUUAGCUCUCAGGGUUCUAGCAAAGUGUUUUGUUCAUAUCUAUGACUCAUGUGGCCCUCAUGGUAGUAUUCCUAAACCACCUCAAAGGUCUAUAAGCUAUAAGACAGUUGGCUCUGCUUACCCACUCAGUGAUGAUGACCAAAAAUAUUUCUCACUCCAUCACAAGACAGUACAAGUGUCAAAUCUCCUAAAGAACAGAUACUAUGAUAGAUUUGAACUUUGCGGACUUAAUACUAGUGCAGAAAAAAUUGUGGUCAUUGUGUGGAUGAGCAGUACCAGCUACCUUAAGGUCAUUGUAAAGACUACAUCCCUUGAAAAAAUAGAUUUUGAAAUGCACCAGGAACAAAGAAUAGUCUGCCCCUCCCAUCAUUAUUGUGCAUUUCUUUUCUUCAACAUUCCUUAUAUUUGUUGGCUGCCUCUUGUAAACCUAAAUACUAUCUUCAUCUAAGAGGUUUAUUUAUUUAUUUUUAUGUCAUUUAUCUUUCACUUAAUAUUUAGAAUGUCUUAAGUGGUGUACUUUUUUAAAAAAGGAUAAGGAUUAUUAAAAUUCAUAAUAGCAGUAAGAAACUACUUGAAAACCACUGCUUUGAGAGUUUCCCCCCUGGCAUACAGGUAUACAUUUUAUGAAAUAAGAAUAAUAAAUAAAUAAAGUGCCUGCUGAAACAGGAAAGUCUGUCAAGAACCUGAAAUUCAGUAGGGAAGAGUUCUGCAUAAUCUCAAAUUUGGUAGAAAUUCAAAUUAGACAAAACCAGAGAACACAUUUCCAUGUAAUAAGGAAUGUGCAGUCAACACUGGAAAAAUUAUUCACUCAAAGUUAACCACCUAAAAUUUGGUGCUGCUAAGAAUUGAGGAUUCUUUUGUUUCAUUUCUGUGCAGGGCUGGCUGUUAGGAAUUCUUCUUUCGAAUGAAGGCUCAGAGCAGCUUAAGUAGCAGCCUCCUGCCUACCCACCCAGUAAUUGGAUUCACUCUUGCUUAGCUUCACUGGUGCACUCUGUGAUCUCCAGUUGAAGGGUGGUAUACAAAUUCAAUAAAUAAAAAUUAUAAAUUAUAGAUUUUCCUAAUAGAGCUACUCCAAAGGGAAAUGCUAACAAUAACUACAUGCAAAUUAUGCACUUGCUUAGUAGGGAGAGUUUUUUAUUUAACCAAUGCAUGAUUUUUCUAAUGGAACUGAGAGGUGGCCAUUGAAUUUCCUCACAUGUAUGCAGAAGCAUUUCAUGCUGCCUACAGAAGCUGCUUUGUAUCCAAGCUUACGAUGUUUCCAGGCAUUCAAUACAGUAACUUCUAAAAGGUGAAGAUUAGACAUUGAUUGCCAGUCGAUGACAGGUGAGUUACAAGACUCAGGUUUUGUUAAAAUGGUAUCUUAAAGACAACCAUGAACCAUUACCAGUGUUGUCUUUGUAACAAAUUUACCAUGUAGUACUUGCAGUAUAGAUCUGGUGCUGGAAAGAAACAAGUGGCUAAAGAAUGAACUAAGCAUACACAAUGAGAAAUAGUGGGAAAUACACUAAACAAUAAUACAUCCUGGCGUUUGGUCGGUUUUCAGCUAGAGGAGGCUUGCAAAAUCCCCCAACUUUCAAACAGUAAAUAACAAAUAAGGUUCUAAGUUGAGCGGCUGUUUUCUCUAUAGUUAAGGGAAGAGGAUAUGCUGAUCAUCAUAACAAAUGGGAACUGAAGGUUUCACUGAGAUAAUGAAACUGCAUCUAUAAUGGCUUAUUGCAGGGAUUCCCAAAUUCACCUGGGGACUGAGCUUCAUUCAGGUGGUCCACAGUGUGUUUGUGGAUUUGUGGUUGAAUGUGGGGGUCUGCACAUCCAUUUCAUUAAAUAGUCAUACUGAUCUUUAAUUGUAUUUUAAUUGCUUCUUUUAUUUAUUACAUUCUAUGGAAAUCAAAUUGUAAUACAAUAUGUAAAAUCAAAGAUGCAAUUAAAAUACAAUUAAAAUCAUGCAGCAUAUAUCAUAAUGCAAAAAAUUACCACAACCAACAGAAAAGUUGGUAAGUGGUCCUCCAAGACCUUCAGCAAUUUCCAAAUGGCCCAUGUGGGGGAAAGCAUGGGAACCACUGGCUUAUUGGUUUCUGUGGGAUUACAGGACAGAAACUAGCUAGUUAGCAUUCUCUGCUGGUAGCCUUUCAGAGAAUACAGAGCAGGUGACAGAUGACUUGGCAGCUGUUUCACUUGCCUGGUUGCAAAUGUGUGUUCCACUCUAUAUGCCCCAUCAUACACACAUGUAUAUGUAUUAGGUUUGUGCGUAAACUGUUUUAAAUGUACAUUAAGGUGGUUUGGCUUGUGGCAAUAUCCUUAUUGAAAGCAUAUAUUACUUGGAAGUAAAAUGCUACAAGUAUUGUCAGCAAUGUGUUGCAAGGAAGGAUACAGUAAAGUUAAAAAAGUAGUAUUGCAAUAUCAAGGUAGGUUGGGAUGGAGGAAAAGUAGAAAUGACAUCCAAACUGAACGUUUUUGCAUAAACAUAUUUGCUAUGUGUAGCUGUAUGUUUGGGUAUGUAUAACAUACUCAGAGAAGACUGGUUUAUGUUGGUAUUUGCUUCUUUCACCUACAGCCAUAAUGUCUCCUACAAAGGAGUCCUUGGCAUUUAAGCUUGGUGUUUUCAUUCAGCGUAGUAGUAUUUUAAUUGUCGGAUUGCACUCUGUGCUGCAUUAUCCAUAGUUAUUCUGGUGAUUGAUUUUUAUGUAGUCUUCUAAAUAUAUGACCUCCUCAGAACACCUUAGCAGGAGUUGAUGAAAAAUUAAUUCAUCCUUCUACUCUAUAACUCUACAAGGGGAUCCAUUUCUACCACUAGUUGCACAGCUUUGAAUCUGGAGCAAGAAUAACUAAUGCUGUAUGUUCUAAUUCGAAAUCCUUACUGCUAAAUAGCAGCAGAAAAAUGUAAAUGCAGCAGUGAUAGGCACAGGGAUUACUCCUUUAAGCGUAGUAGAAAACUUGUUCUCAUGGAGGAGACUGACUAACCAGAUGUCACUGGAUUUGCACAGGCAUAAGCUUAGCCUAUAUUCGUGGUUGUUAGAUGUGUAUAGAGUUUGGAUAAAUAUACCCAUUUAGUAGCAAGAGUAUCCUGCUUAUGGAAAUUAUUUGUAGUCUUAACUAUUGCUGCCAAUGUUGCAAAGCUGAUUCUGCAAUUGGGCUGUCCCUCAAUGUGUUCACACUACAGUUUUUGAUUAAACGUCUGCUACCGUGCCUAAAUUCAUGAAGAGUCAUGGGUAUGCUGGGAUUUGAAACUGCUCAAACAAUAGGCAUUUAGAGGAUUAAUUGUAAAAUAAAACCUUCUGAGUCCAAGUCAAGAAGGAGAUUAAAACAGAUUUCAGAUUCUUUUCUGAAGGCACAGCUGGGGUUUGUAUAUGCAGCACAAAGCAGUUUGUAAUUUUUUUCAAAUAGUCACACUGUUUUGCCUGUCGGGCACUUUGGAAUCAAUAAUAAUGCAGGAGAACAUUGCCCAUUGUCCAUCGUUCAUAACUGCAGUGAGAGAUGGAGCAUCAUUUCCUAUUGUAUCCCCAGCUGUAGUGAGGGAAAUGGCCAGAUGAGCAAUAUGCAUGGCCAGAUGCAUUGACUGUGCAGCUAAUAAGCAUCUCUGUAAACUGAACUUUGAAAAGUAAUAAACAUUCAGCUUCCUCUUCAAUGUAACCUCUGACAAAUUUCCCAUAUGGAAGGCUAGUUGCAUGCUUCUAAACAAAAGUGAUCUAUAUGUUUUACCUGGUCUGUGAAAGAGUGGUCUGUAUCUGGAAAGCAGAGAAGCCUGUCAUUGAGGUGAAAUCUCCCAUCACGGUUCCACUGCUUCAGCUUCUUGAAUAAUACAGGGUAUUGUACUUCUAAAGCAAAUACACUCAAACAUACAUACCCUAUGAAGUGCCAUUUUUGGAUGAAACACUGAAGUCACUGUGCGAGAAUGAGAAUAACAGAAAAUGAGAGGAGGAAACGGAUUUCAGUUCAGCCGUCGUAUAAAGUGUUGAAUGAGAUUAGCAGCAUGGAUGUGUGUUCUCAUCGACACUGCGAUGCAGACACCAAUGAGCAUCCUGAAAUCAGAAACAUGAAAUGUGGAUAGCAAUGUCUUGCUUCCAUCUGAAUGAGCAUUUGCAUCAGGUUGCACACACAGCCUGCUGCGAUGGGACAGAAGUUCCAAAAUUUGUAUCUACAAUAUAUUGCAAACAUGAAAUGCUAAUAAUAUUACACUAUAUAGGCAGGUUGAAGGAGCCCAGUAAUAACAGCAGUAUUAAAAGUGAAAAAGGCACACACACACUAGAAAAGUAGGAAUGAAAAAAAAGACCUUGUCAAGUGAAUUCAAAGACAUUAUUAAGUAGAUAGCUUAAACAGACAUGUUUAAGACAUGUUUAAAAUAGAAAGAACACUCACAGGUGAAAAUGUAAUUCAUCAGAGACUCACAUUUCUACUUAACUAAAGAACUAUUUUGCAGAUGAGAGACUCUUAAGUUACAUUCAUGCCAAAGCUAUGAAGGCAAUGAAAACAUUGCUGAACUAGGUUGUAUACUAGCCACAAAUCUCUUCCCACCCCUUCUAGUUAGCAAAUAUAAUAGUUACCUACCAAUAUUGUGGCUUGUAAGACCAGCUUUUUAGAAAGUCUGAAUAGUUUAGCAUUGUGCUAAACUAGUUUUUGAAAAUGAAAUUUGAGCAACAUUUGUUUACAUGUGCGGCAACAAAUCGGAGAAUCUAAAAUGAGACAGCAACAUUGAAAAACGCAAGUGAAAUAUGGAAUUCAACUUAGUUUAUUGUGUGAUGAUUAUAUCACUUAAGGAAUAAGCCCAGGCUAGGAAGUGAUAGAAAAUAAUAGCAUUUCUUGAUCUUAAGUAGUACAUGAAGUUCUGGUCAGCUUAACUCAACUGUAUGAAACUGCAAACUACAGAUCAGGGAGUUACUGAUCUGGAAAGCUUAGGCGGUAAGAGUUAAGAAAACUUAGUGGAAAACUUCUUUUAAAAACCCCUUUCAUACAAUCAAAGUUCCUUAGCAUUCAACAAGCUCAUGGCAAAGGAAGUAAGUGGUUCAUGACACCAUAAACUUGCCGUAUUGGCAGUUGUGGGGGUGGGGGGAACGUAGAAAGCCACUAAAGAUGCUCAUUCCACCCGGAGUAGACCUGUUGAAAUAAUAAACAUGGCUAACAUGCCCAUUAAUUUCAAUGGGUCUACUCUCAGUAAAACUCAAGCCACAAUCUAUAACCUUAAUGAGGUUUGAGAAUUAGGAAUGGAUUAAUAGAGAUUGUAGUAUGCAGUGGCCUGGGUAAUUGAAAACGAUUCCUGCAUUGUAGGGGUUGGACUAGAUGAUCCUCAGCUUCCCAACAGUAUGAUUCUAUGAUCGGGAAUACAUUGGAAGCAGUAAAUGAUGGUUCAACCAAGUAAGGUUUUUCAUCUUGCAAUACCAUAAUCUGCAGCAAUGUACUUGCUGGUAAGUGCUCACAUAUAAAGGAUUGCUCAGUUGGUUAGAGUGUGGUGCUAAUAACACCAAGGUUGCAGGUUUGCAUAUUCCUGCAUUACAGGGGACUUGGGCUGGAUGAUCCUCGGGGCCAUUUCCAACUCUACAAUUCUAUGAUUCUGUGACUGGGGGGAGGGAUUAGAAUGGUGCAGUUGAUUCUUUCUGCAGCGCUAAACGAAGUAUGUAUGUUGUGGGUAGUGUUUUGGGAUAGGUCAGGGGGUGGGAUGUGAGAUGCUUCAUUUAAGCAUCUAAAGCUCACACAGCAAGUCUUUGAAUUCUUAAGCUAAUCAAAGUGUGGUAGAUAACCUCAAAUAUAGGCAUAGCAUUAUAGCGUCUGUGGGUAAAGAAAAGGAUAGGGGUUUGGGUUAUUCACCUAGUUACCUGCCUGCUCUGUUGCCCCAUUUCUAUAGAAUCCACCUUCCUCAUAGAAGGAAAUCACCUGUUGAGUGCAGCAGACUAAAUAACACAGCAUUGUGUAUUGAUUCACUGAACAAUGCUGCUAUCCAUAUUCUGUGCAUAUUGUGACCCUGGGGAUUUGUUUAGAGAGUGCAGUAGAAAUCUGUAAAUAAAACCAUGAGUGUAGUGAAACAACAAGUGAACUGCUGCUACAUAAAUUGAUCUUUGAACAUUUUCACUGCUGUGCUAUUCUCUUGAGCAAUUUCUUCCACCGCUUCAAUUAAGUACUGUGGUGAUCCAAUGAUGCUGAGAUACAUGUCACAUGUUAUUGCUUACUACUGCUUUCCUUUUUUCACAUCUGGAAAAUGGGUAUAAGUAUGAGAAAUGCAUCAAAUACAAACCAAAAUGCAGAAGGAACAUUCUGAACAGUCUGGAUUAAGCUGAUGAACAAAAAGCAAGCAAUGCUUCUGACUGAGAAAUGCAAAAUAAUGUCCAUCUGUUGAGAAUUAUUGAUAAUUAUUCCAACUACACAGUUUUCAAUUUUAAAUAGACAGGAAAGCGAUUUACUAGAAUAUCAGCAGGCCAUUUCUGUGGUCAAAAGUUAUUAGAAGCUAAAAAAUAGUACAAGUAUAAGAUGUAACCAGUACAACACAGUCUCUGGCCAAAUCAUCUUAGCUUUGCCUUAUCAAAAAUAUACGAAAAUGAAAAUAGAAACAAUUUAAGAUGAGCACCCAAAUUCAUGAUUCUCUAUUGAUUCUAAAAUAUAAUUAAUUGACCAGACUGAUGUGUCGGUAGUGUAGUAGGGAAGAUUCGUAUGCCCAUUCUGAAAGAAUGAACUUAACAAAGAGGCACAAAGAAAUGACUUUUGCUGUAUAAAUUACAUUAUAAAGUCUAGUGACACUAUUAUAUUCAAAAGGUCUAGAAAAUGGAAAUAACAUAUAACAUCUUAUUGGCUCUUUGCCAAGAAGUACCUGAAACCUCAUGCAUAUAUGCAGUGCCUUUUUCUGGGGGUACGCAGGGGUAUGUAUACCCCUAAACAUUUUGUGAAUCUAACUUUGACCUCAUUGGGGGGCAGUAUUUCAAUAUGAGUAGGAAAAUGAGAGUACCCCUAAACUUUUUUUUAUAUAUAGGAAAAAAAGCACUGCAUAUAUGUGAUCUGACUUAACAUUACUAAAUGGGAGUAAACAAAAGAUAUAUUGCUCCAUGAUGGCACUUGUUUCAAUUUCCUAUCUUCUAGAAAAGAAACUAACCUGCUAUUCAGUCAGUUAGGGUUAUGAUGCAUAAAAAUCCCUGUUCAAAGGUUUAGGUUAGAAACUCUGGCCCGGGUUUAGACCUUACCUAGUAAGCAUUUGUGGAAACUAAAUCUUGGCACUGUUCAGCUGUAGAAAGGAAAUAUGGUGAAUUCAUCGAGGAGUAUCAGUCAGACAACUUGGCAUAUGUGUCACAUGCAGAGUUCAAAGAGUGUAACAAACUAGAGCAUUUAUCCUUUGAUGCAGUCGAAUGAGAUGAGAGUAGCAAAUAGUGUAGAUUAGGCUAUGUUAUGUGAUAGCUAGCUGUUGGUUUCUUUGCCACAUUGCACCCUGCUUUCAGGUUUGCCACCCAUUGUAUAUUUUACCUUGUAAAUUAGUGUUCUUAGCUCCUUUCUCUUGUAAACUCUUAGCACCUGUCUGAAAUGCAGAUUAAGAAACUAUUUGGGGUAGAUUCAUAGUUUAACAGCAGAGAGAAAUAUGAUUAUAAAAGGCAUCUGUCUCUCAUUAUUGUACCAUUUGACUAGUUAGAAUGAGCAUUUGAAAGAAUUUGUUAGCUUGACCACUGUUGAAUCCAUGGGUGGCAUCACUCAUUUUGGGUUUAGACCUUACCUUACACAGUAAUUGUUUACAUAUUUCUUCUUAUUAGACUUUUUCAGUAAAAAGAUCAGUAUUACUUGUCUGAAUGCUUGUAAACUAAUGAAAUAAUUCUUACUGCUUCCAGAACAUGUUUUCAGACAUAUGUUUGUGACUCAUUCUUCAGCUUUUAAUAAGUAAAUGCAAACUUUUGAGCUGAUUCUCAAUCUUACAAAUUAUUGGUGGGCUACCUGUUCAUAAACUCUGACAUCAAGAUAAAAGCAACAAAUCUAAAAUUUGAGGGUUUAAUAGACUCUGAACCUCUAGACUCCAAAAGAGGUCUCUAAAGCACAAAACCUACAAAACAGUUGAAGUGUUGCAGGAAAAAGCAACUGUAUACUACAGCAGUCCUGUUUAUCUUCAUACUCUUCUGUGCUAAAGGGGAGGAUAUUCAGAAAAUCAUUUGACUUUGAAUGCAUUUUACAGUUCUAGGGAUUUUUCAGACUGUCUUAUUGCACUGUAACUAUAACCCAGUUACAGUUGCAUAUGUGAGCCAAACAUUUUACUGCCAUUCUCAGUAAUGUGGUGUUUGGGUUUUUAGAAGCUAGCUAAUGUACCUUUUGCAUUGAAUAUAGUUUGGUUGGCAGCCUGUGGCUAGUGUCUGUAGCAUCACUGGUGAUAAGUUACACAUUUCUCUCCCCAUCCAUCCAUUCUAAGGAAGUUUUUUUACUUUGAUUUUUUACUGCUGUACUUCUUCAGAAGCACUAAUGAUUGCCAGGCGUUCCCUAUUUCCCAUUGGCAGGGGUCAUCCAACAGCCAUUGUAGAUGUUCCUGAUUUACAUUUCCAUGAAAAAAGGCCAGUUUAAGUCUCCCUUUUUGAAAUCCAUGUUUUCUGGACAAGCAAUUGCUUGUGGCGAUUAAAGCUUUGGUUUGCUACAAAAUUGAAACUUGUUAUACAUCCUAAGUAUAUGAUCCAAAAUGUCUGGUCAUGCAGUUUGUGUGCACUAAACAAUUGUAUCUUUUUAGAGACAAAGAUCACUUACAGGAUCACUUACCUGAAGGCUAAGGCUGCAGAUGACUACAAGGGCUUAGUGGACAAUUUUGGUUCAGUGCAAGAUGCCAUUCCUGUAUUCUCAUGUCUCUGGGUCAUGUUUCAUGACUUUCUCGGUCAAAUGGAAAGGCAAAACGAUACAUUACAAGGCCUUUUUCUUGCAUUUAUAAUGCCUAACCUUGGAAAUCAGAUCUCUACACAUGCAUACACACCAACAUGGAGGUGUUUGUGAUACUGAUAUAUAGUACUAUAUAUAAUAUAUAUUGGUUGUGUGUUGAAAGCAGUUUGUGGCAUAGAAGAGCAGCAUGUGGCACUGUGAGAAGACCUGAUAUAGCCAGGAGAAGAUGCAGGUGGCAUUCUAACUUUAGCUAUGCAAAAGUGCACUUGGUUGCCACUGACACAGGCUUCCAGGUUCAGGGUUGAAGCUAGGAACACACCCAAACUGCAAACAUGUGUCCAAGAGGUCUGCUAUCUCAUUUAAGAAAGAGUAAGGCCAGGACCAACUCUGCUUUGUCUGAAUCAUACUUCAAUGUCUUCACUCUUAUCCAGUCUUAUUAUAGAUGUCAAAAACGAUUCAGAAUCUGAACAGCUUUCUUGGAUUUAAAUGGAAAGGAAAGGUAGGAUUGAGCAUCAUCAGCAUAUUGUUAACACGGAACCUCAAAACCACGGAUGCUCUCACGCAGUGGUUAGCACUGAGGCAAGAUGGAGUCAUGAGGGAUUCCAUAGCCCAGCAGCCAAAUCAUCAAACAGGAGUUCCCUAGCACCACCUUCUGAAACUGACCCUGCACAAAGGACUAGAACCACCAUAAAUCAGUGCCUCCAAGUCCUAUCACAACCAGGCAGUUCACAAAAAUAGGAUUCCAUGGUUGAUAAUAACAAAAGCCACAGAGAAGUCUGGCAGAACCACCAAGGACAUGCUCUCCCUGUCCAGUUCCUGGAGUAGAUUGCCCACCAAGAGGAUCAAAGCUGCCCCCAUCCCAUAACCAACCUGAAACUACAUUGAAAUGGCUCUAGAUAAUUAGUCUUAAAUUAAAAAAAAUCCUGAAGUUAAGAUGCCACCACAUGCCUGAGCACCUUUCCCAAGAAUGGAGUAUUGGAGACUGGAUGGAAAUCAUUCGGUACUGUCUUCAUUAUUUCAUGAAACAAGAUGUAACUGAUCAUUGACCACCCAAAAAAGUUGCACUGAAUGACUGUAGAAUGCAGUGGUGGCAGAAACGCAGUUUCUUUGCUGCCAUAGAGUAGGUUUUCAGACGGUUUCUACCCUGUAUUCAUUUGGACUUGCUCAGAGUCUUUUGCCAGUAUUGCUCUAGCUGUUGUCCUCCUUCAUUGCAUCACUCCCUGCUCCCCACCCCCCAAAAAAGAAAAAUCCCAGAGAGUGAUCUCAUGAGUAAUUUUGUCAACUAUUCAGGCCUUUUCCCUUUUUCGAAGGUGGACCAGUGCUUUAACAGGAUUGCCUCUUGAAGUGAAAGGCAAACCCCCAAGAGCCAUCAGCCUUCUCUGAUGGGCCGUUUUAAUUGGUGCCUCACACCAGCAGAGGGUUGGAGCCUCAGUAAGCUUAAACCAUACCAUGAUGAUGGGACUGUAGCACUACCACUGAGACUAUACCUUAGCUCAGGAAUGGAGGUUAAUAGGCAGCAUGGUACACUAGCAAAACCCAUAUUCUGUCCUAAAUACACACCUUAGAUAGACACAAUGUAAACGGGAAGACAGUUCUUGGGGCACCUGGGUCAGGGGGUAGAAUAAUGAUCGAUAAACCACUGUGACUCCAAUCCCUCUCUCCUUCCAGGUCUUGCAACUGAUGAAGUGAGCUGUAAUCCAAGAAAGCUUGUAACAUAAUAAAUUGGUUAAUUUUUAAGAUGUCACAAGAAUCUUUGUUUUUGCUGCAAAUGCUUAACAUGCCUACCCCUCAGAUAUGUUUAAAAUAGAAUACUUUUUUCAAGACAGUAAUUCUAAACUUAGAUUUUAAAUGUGAUUUAAAAAUGUUUUUGUUCAUGCUGCUUGAUUUUAGUUCUCCCUUCCUAGGGCUUUAACAAUAUACACAGGUCCGGCUAUCCGCUAGCCGAAGAUUCACUUAGUCACACAUAAAGAAUUAGGCCCAAACCUGCUGUACACUUUCCAGAUUCACUUAUCCAAACAAACAACAUCCUUGUUUGUGCUUUGCUGGUUGGUGGCAGCCAUUUUUGGGUAGAAACCACAGAAAGAGGGCUGGGAGGCGGGGCAAGAUAGGACAAAUCAGAGAGUAAGAGAGAGUGGACAAAUCGGGGAGCAGGUGAGAUCAGAUAAAUCCGUUUUCCCCCUUUCUCUUUCUCUUGCUGAUAGGCUGCAGCCAUUUCAGGAAAAAACCAUGGAGAGAAAUGGGGAAAGGUUGGAAAAUCCUGCAUUAGAAAUAUUUUCAUAGGAAAUAGUGUAAAUUGUAGAUCUGGUAUGUGAAUGCUUGCCUAAUGAACAAUUUCCAGAGAACACAUUCCGUUUGUUAAGUGGGACCUGCGUAGCAAAGUAGCAAAUAACACCACCAUCCAUUGUGUAGUUAUAGGAUUAUGCAUUCCUAGAAUCACAAAUAAGAAGUCAAUUUCGUAUCGUGUGGAAUACAGUGGAUGAGGAUCUUGCCUCUUGCUCAAAUUAAAUACAAGUUCACUUUGCAGAGUAAGCACCUAACAGAUUUCCCCACCCCUUUACAAAAACUAUAAAAACUUGUUUCUGCCUUGUUCUGUGACCUUAGGAGCUAUUCCUUCCUUUGAAAAGAAUUACUUGCUUCGGAAGUGUAGCAUACUUCAUAUGAAUGUACAAAAUGGUAUCUUACCUUUAAACCUUUUCCUUUUUUCUAGUGUAAUAAUAUGCCUAGGGGAAUAUGUUUUGAGGUCUGCAUAGAGUUAGAGUUAAAGAGAAGCUUAUUUAUUCAUUUUAUCAAAGACAGCAAUUAUUUAAAACUGAAUGAACAUAGUAGCAAUUAAAGGAAUUGCAUAAUGUAAAAGAAAGAUGACAGAGCUUAACUUUCGGAUUGUUGGUGGACAAUUGCAACCAUACUGGCCCCGCUUCCAGUAACAAAUUGCACAUUUGCAGAGAAGGUUUUAGCUUAGCCACCCUGGUAUUCUAGCUUUCUAUUUGUAGGGAGUUUCUCCUUAAUUGUGGGGGCGUAUUGAGACAUUGGCUCAGUUAACAUGUAAUGGUAAGUCUAAUCAUGGCUUGGCGCUAAGGUGCGGUCCUUGAGAAGAGAUAGUGUCUGAUUUGCUUGUCCUCACUGGUACUGCUGCUGUGUUACUGUGAGCUAAGCCACAAUUUGGCUUAGUGCAUCAUCUGAACCUGGACAUGUGGUUUGUCUCACUCCAGACAAAUCAUAAGCUGUAACCACCAGUGUAUUUGCUGAAAUGGUGCAACUGAUGCAACAUAGGAAGUUGCCAAUAGUAUGUAUUUAUGUUCUGCAUCUUACACAAAUACAUGGCGCUCAAAGUGGUCCACAGAAGGCAAUUCAAAUACAAUAGCACAAAUAAGAAUAAUACACUAGAUGAUACCAUUGAUCAUCUACUUUAGUUUGUGAGCAAGAAAGAGAAGAUGUAUGUUUUCUUUAAUAGGAAGAAUAAAGUAUUCUGUGUUCUUCUAAUGCAAGCUUUCAUAUAUUGCUUCUGUUUGUGUGGAUGGUUUUUAAUUGUAUGUAUUCUCUACAGAUUCUGUGAUCAGACCUUGAUCAUACAGCAUUUAUAUCAAUAUAAAAUUUAAUUGUACUUUAUGUUCCCUUAAUACCAUAUGCUAAUAAUUCAGUAUGCACUGGCAAUUGGAUUAGAGCUUUCGAAGUGAGUAGUUUCUCUUGUUAUCUUACCUAAAACUUAGGUCUGACUUGGAUAAGUAUUCUUAGAUUAUUGCUGUGAUCAGUUUCUGAGCUGGCUAUGUGUGAGAGCAAGACAGGCAAAAAUAGCUUAAUUUAUUUUAGUGCUUACUCUGCACUUUUACAUUAGAGGAGCCAUGAAACUGGCUUACAAAUUUUAUUGAAAGGGGACCUUUUAAUUUUAAAAAAUAUAUUAAAAGCAUCUAAUCACAAUCAAACAUCUGAAGCAAAAUUUAGAACAGAUAUAACCAAACUGCCUGCCUGGAUAGACUUGCCAAAACAGAAAAGUUUUCAACAGGCAUCAAAAGGAGUAUAGUGAUGGUUCUAGCUUAAUGUCAAUAGUGAGCUGCAAAGUAUAGGUGCCAAAGGAAGACUCCUUACAAACGCAGAAAGGAUAUUGCAUGGCACUUGCAGAAGUGCCUCUUCUGCAGAUCAUAGUGAAUCUGCACACAUGAGGUAUGACAAUCCCUUAAGUAAACUGGUUCCAAACAGUUAAGAACUUUAUAUACCAAUAAGAACAACUCAGGCUGGUAGUGAACUGUCAGUCAGUGCAGAUCUUCAAGCACAGGUGUAAUAUGCCAACAGACUCCUGUCAGCAAUCAUGCCACUGCAUUUUGCACUAACUGCAGUUUCCGGACAAAAGCGGGAAAUCCCAUGUAGAGGACAUUGCAGUCGACUAGUCUUGAAGUUACAUCCUCUUAAAGCAAUAGUCUUCCGUUGAAAAGGAUGAAUGUGGAUGAAACAGGCUUUAUCCAGCCUAUACCAACACAAAACAUGGGAUCAGCACUGACCUGCCAGAAAUCUUGCCAGAUCCAAGUUGAGCCAUUAGCUUGAGGACCAAUACAAUAAGGCUGCACCAUAAUUCCACAGUAUUCUAACUCAGCAUUUCCUGAAACACCAUAAAGCCCUAUAUGGCCUAGAACCCUCGUACCUACGGGACUGCCUCUCCUGGUACACCCCACGGAGGACCUUACGGUCUGCAAAGAAUGACACCUUGGAGAUCCUGGGCCUCAGACAGAUUAGGCUGGCCUCAACCAGGGCCAGGGCCUUUUCAGCCUUGGCCCCGGCCUGGUGGAACACUGUGUCACAAGAGAUCAGGGCCCUGUGGGAUCUGACAUCUUUCCGCAGGGCCUGCAAGACGGAGUUGUUCCGCCAGGCCUUUGGUCAGGGCUCAGCCUGACUCCCCUUUUCUUUUUGUAUAAGAACUAAUAUGAAAGAGGCCUCCCAGCAUUCUCACAGGCCCAUAUAAGAUCAUCAUAAACAGUUGGGCCGAUGAGCACUUACUGUUCCUAACCCUAACCCUGCGGAAAGCCAUCUAAUUAGAUUUUAAUUUGAUUUUGACCUGUUUUUAGGAGGUAAUUUAAUUAUUAUUUGAUUUUAUACCAAUGUUAUAUAUCUGAUGUUAGCCACCCUGAGCCCGACUUCAGCCAGGGAGGGCGGGAUAUAAAUAAAAGGUUGUUGUUGUUGUUGUUGUAUAUUGCAUCCUGCAUUCCUUUGGGCAGUUACACCUUCCCAGGAGUGGUAUUGUAUUGCUGGGAUUAAAGAAAUUGUGGUGCAGAUUUGACAUCAGUGAGGCUGCCUAUUCUUUUAGCACACUGCCCUUAUUCUGCCUGGGCUGCAUUAUGUUUAUCCCUAUUGGCUGAAAACUGGAAUUCAGUUGAUGCCCCCUGGUGAAUUCAUCUGUCCCAGGUGAGUUGAGAGAAAUACUCCUCUCAUGCCAGCCACGCAACAAAUUCAGAGUAAAUACUUCAGAGGUCUGACAAGUAUUGUGUAACCUUAGGCUUAUUAAAAAUCCUUAUCCCUAGGUAUAUUGUCGUUCCUUAUUAUGGUACCUUUUCUGAUCUGAACCCUAAUCAAACUAUUCUGUAUAUAAUCAACACCAUCUAUAAACACUACUGAUUUCUGUAUCUGAGGCUCCAGGGUUGCUGUGUUUGUUCUGUCCCAUGAUUCCCCUAUGGAAGAUUGUGAGCUGUGGGAGAGAGGAAGGGGAUAAUUCCAGGGAGACCUGUGGGACUGCCUGAAAAGCAAACAGCACAGGAUCAGGAAUUGUAUCUUUGUGGUUGAGAUGGUAUAUACAGGAGGGUUUUAUUAAAGGACUUGACCAAACCAUCAAAGAGGAAGGGGUGUAGCUCAUUGGUAGAGCAUCUGCUUUGCAUGCAGAAGGUCUCAGGUACAAUCCUGAUCAUCUCCAGGUAUGGCUAGGAAUGUUAGUCCUGCUGUCAGUCAGUGUAGACAGUAAGGCGCUAAUUGUCCUGUUUUGGUAUAUGGCAGCUUCCUAAUUUUCCAGAGGCUGAAAAUUGUUCCUCUUAUGAGACUGUGUAAUGGUGAUAUUAAAGCAAAUGCAAAGGAUGAUUGGAGAUAAGCUGGUGGCAUACUUCAAUCCAGGCAGAAAGAUUUACCAACAACCUAUUCCCAGGGCUUUCGUAUUAUGUGGACACAACUCAAAACAGCAAACAGCAUCAUCACCCACCACUAGAAACCAAUAGGCUAGUCAGUCCAGUCCCUGGGAAGAGCAUUGUAAGAUGUUCCAGGUGAAAUGGUCAACACAAGUAGAAGCUACCUGGGGCCUUACCUCUAUAACCUGACCCAAGGUGGGAUGAACUUAUGCUGGAUGGACACAUCCUGGUUUAUACUUCUGCAGAAAGAAAUGUUGCAAAAGGAUACUUGAAUAUUAUCUGGAUGUGACAUUCAUGGGUAGCUUGUAAUAUUUAAAGCACCCUUUGCAAAACCUAAUGCCCUCCAUAUGUUUUGGGCUACAACUCUCACCAGCCCCCUAGAUAGAAUGCAAGAUUGCUUAGUCCAGUCUGCCUUGGGCAGAACCAUAGUAAAUUGUAGAAUGACCAGGCAAUCUCAAACAAGAGUUUGAUCAGUGGCUGGAAAGAAGAUGAGUUUUCUCUGCUUUACUGCUGUUAUUGCCCUAACUUGGGGGUGAUUUUCAAAGAAAAGUUCUGGUUGAGUGUCCCUUGCCUUCUCAGCAGUAGCACUUGUGGUGAAUUUCCUUCCUUUUAGGGUAGGCAGAAGCUAGAUCUGUGUCUGCUGGUAGAUCUCAGGACAUUCUACAAGAAUUUCUGACUCCCAGUUGCUUGACGAAAUCAGUAACAAAAUUAACAAGUGCUGCCAACACAUUAUACUGCUGGAAUGAAGAAAGGUUGGGAAACCUCUGUGGAAGGACUGUGAGCUUUGUUCGAUUCAGGUCCUCAAAAUGGGUUACUAGGCUCUGAAUUCUUUAAUUCUUAGUGUGUGUGUUUUGCAUCUGACUCUGGUUCAAGGAUCUUGGGGUUCUAGUAAAAAAACAAGAUCCCACAAGCCUGAAGUCUGCCGGUACCUGAUGUAGGUGAGUUGCAGGCUACUUCUAGCAGUGCCAUUGGGAAAGUAGCUAAUGCUUCUUUAAGUGAGAGGAGAAUGGGAACUUCGCAGCCCUUAUAAACUUGGUUAACUGCAAGGGAUAGCAGAUUUGCCUAGAACCUGCAUAAACUGAUAAUAGUGUGAUUUAAGAAAAGGACAUUUUUGAAGAAACAUAGCUGGCUUGGGACUAUAUGGCAAAUAUAACAACAGAUGUACUGGGUUUUGUGUUGCGUCCAUUUAAGUUUGUAUGCUAUUGAAAUUUUGAAUAAAAAUGCUUUUUUUUUAAAGGAGCAUAGCUAUUCUGCCAAGGCAUAUGCUUUCAGAUUAAUUGUUGUAUGGUGCUGAUAUGAGAGGGAAGAUAGGUUUUGGUGAAGUCUUUCCCUUCCACCUUUCCAAUGUGGGAGUUCUGAAAGGAAGUGAAGAUCUAUGAGGCUCUGAAACCAGAACAAACUGGCAGGGUUGAAUCUGCCAUUCCAUGAAGUAUGAACAAAUCUAGCAGGGCCUCAAACCUAGUUAGCCCCUUUCAUCUGUUAGAUUACAGACCAGUCAGAGAUAUCUGCCUGCCAAACCCUGAUAUCUCCUCUGAGUGUGCAUAGUCACGUGAUUUGAGUGCCUGUCUCGUAGAAGGUGUCCUAUCUGCCCAGAGGCUUCCUUUUCUUUUGGAUAUUUCUGAACUCAUGGAUGAUUAUUACUUAUGAAUCGCCUUUUGUAUUUGUGCGAGAAAGUGAUUUGCAGUCGUAUCACAGGAGUAACGAGUGAUGGUCUUAUGGCAUCUGCUUAUCAUGUCCUGACUUUGCCAGUUGUGGAGGCAAUGUGUGAAGGAGUGUGAGCUACAAGGAAUGAAACAUGAAUAAUGAAAUAUUUAGUGGUGGUUUUCCUGAUUUAUAUUUACCCAUGGUAAAAUAACUACUGUCACAGGUUAAGCCUGUGUGGUGGCUGGGCCCUAUAGACAAGAGAGAGGGUGUCCAGUAAAAAAAAUGGAGACAAAACAGAUGUUAACUGUUCUUGGGACCUUCUGGUUGCUCUUGCACCUUCUCAGGUGUGCACAGCUAUUCUUUGCAGUGGGUUUGGGAAGCCUAAAUGGUGUCCCCACACAAUCCCUUUUUACAUCAGCUAAAUUUAGAUGCCUGAAAGGGUUGCUUUUGUAGCGUCCAAAGCAGGGCUGCAUCUCUUCCUGCUUACCUUCCAACCAAUCUGAGAUUUCCGUAGGGUUAUCCCAAGUCAACCAGCCACUCCAUAACAUCUGCCCAUGGGCAUGUGAUGAUGUUGAAACAGAAAAGUAAUGAGCUAUGCGGUCUGAAAGUUUGUCAGUUUGUAUGUUAAACCCUGAACAAUUUCUGUUGUAUAUUGACAUUCGUGUGAAACUGAUGUGCAGAUUAUCACAUUUUGCAUUUGGUCCAUUUGAAUGUUACACUGCAUGUUUUUGCAGGAAAAUACGCAUGUGUACCAGCAAAGUGCAGCUUCAUGCAGUUUUCAUGUUCUAGAAAACCUGACUGUAUGAAGCAACCCUAACACCAUCGUAUUAAAUGGCAUUUGGCCAAAUCUUUCUGCGAGUGUCAGACAAGUAGUUAAAGCAGUGUACCUGAUCAUUACUUUUUUAUUUCUUUAUUUUAUUUUUGGAGGAAAAUGUAUUUAGCUCUAUGGUCUGUUAAGACAAGAGAAUACAUGGCAGUCCAAAGAAAUUAUUAGGAAACUGAAACAGUUUGCACAGAUGACAUUUUCUGAAGAUUUGUUGUGAUUCUGUAUGCAUAUUUUUUAUUAUUAUGACCUAAUUCUUUAAUGAGUAUUCAACAUUCUCCUUUCACUCUGUUAAUAGAUGGCGCACUGCGUGA